UUUUUUUUUACGGUUUAUUUGUCAAAGAUCCAGGACAAACUGCUGCCUGCCGUAUGGCAGCCCUAAUCUAGGUUGGGCCAUUAUUUUUCUAUAUUCUGUAUUUUCCCCACUGCUGCUGCCCUGAACUUUGAAUAAUACAGCCUGUUAUAAUUGAGAAAUCUGGAUCUAUAGCUUAAUCUUAAUUUCAUUGAAAAACUUUCAGUCAUACAUAAGCCCAUUGAUAAUGGCAGCUGUAUCACAUUGACUGUAAAGAAUGGUCUGGGCAUGUUUACAGGUUAUACCCAGGUUUUCCCUGGGAAGGACAUUCAACAGGAGGGGUGGUUACUGGCACACUUUCUCUUUCUAACUUGUUCCAUGGAGGUCAGUGUGAGGACACUCUUACCAGAGAGUACUGAUUAUUAUGGGAGACAACAUUUAAAUGGAUAGAUUUGUCUCAUUUAUUUUCUCUUAUUAGUUAAUUCAGAUCCCCAGAUAACUUGGUUGGAUGGGUGGUAUAUAAUAUAAUAAUAAAAAUAAAAAGCAAAGCUUGUUGCAGCUGCUUCUUUGGCUGGUGGAUGUGGCUGGAUUGACACCCCCCCCCCAAAAAAAAUGCAAUGGUGCUUAGUGCUUAUAUUUUGUUGAUCUGUAUACAAUGUUUGUAUUUGAGAUUUUUAUACUUUCUUGACACCAUUUUGUUUGUGUUCACUUUUUUGGUUAAGGUUAUCAGCUUUCCCAUUAUUUUUUUAAUGUGUAGUGAUUCAAGAUCAAUAAGAAAGAUUUAAACCAUUUACCAGAAACAUUGCCAGAGCUCAGGCAAUUGGCAAAGUACAAAAUAGCUGAAUCUUAACAUUUUGCUUACCCGAUCCUUAGUUCCUGCAACCACCCCCCUUGCAGCUCUGCAAUCCAGGGAAAACAUUGUUCCUUAAGUGAAUCCAAUUCCUUAGAGAGAGUAUGUGGAAGUAUAAUUGUAUGAGGAGAAUAGAUUAAGAAGCUGCUCCUCUUCCUCCACUUCAGAUCAUAGUGGCUGCAUUGUGUGAAAAACAAAACAAAAAAUAAUUGGUAGUGUCUUGAGUUGUUUGGGAAAACUGACCAUGUGCCCUGUGCUGUGAUUUCCUCCUUUCCAGCAAAUGAUGUCAGUGUCACAACUGCUUCCUCCUUCUCUUGACUGAUGUCAUGGCAAUAUCAUGUGGCAACUAUGUAUCUAAAGUUCUUCCCAAAUAAACAAAAUGUCAGAUCUCACUAUGCUAGCAGACUGCAUCAGGAGGCAGGGAGGAGUGUGGUUUCAUUCCCAGGAUAAGAGACGUUUUAGGAGGCUAAUAGCUCCUCACAUCCAUCUCCAGGAAAGAUGCAAAGUCCAGUUUAUACUUGACAGUCUUGUAAGCACUGCCUUUAUGUUUUUAUUUAACUUCAUCUACACAAGAUGAAGGGACGCAAGUGGCGCUGUGGGUUAAACCUUGCUGAUCAGAAGGUCGGCGGUUCGAAUCCCUGCGACGAAGUGAGCUCCCGUUGCUCGGUCCCAGCUCCUGCCAACCUAGCAGUUUGAAAGCACGUCAAAGUGCAAGUAGAUAAAUAGGUACUGCUCCGGCAGGAAGGUAAACGGCAUUUCCAUGUGCUGCUCUGGUUCGCCAAAAGUGGCUUUGUCAUGCUGGCCACAUGACCUGGAAGAUGUACACUGGCUCCCUCGGCCAAUAAUGCGAGAUGAGCGUGCAACCCCAGAGUCGGUCACAACUGGACCUAAUGGUCAGGGGUCCCUUUACCUUUACCCAAGAUGGAGGUGUUGAUGUUUGGUGGUUCAGCAGAUCUCAGAAUAGGAAGGCAACCUAUUCUGUAUGAGGUUGCAGUCCCCCUUGUUUCAAAAGUUCAGGAACUCUUCUUCUGGAUCUGGUGCUAUUUCUGUUAAUACUUUCCCCCAUUAGAUCUUUUCAACGUGUCACAAUGCCAUUUGGUGUCAAAUACAAUUAUUAGCAGGGGGGAAUUGCUUGAGACAAAAUGGCACUCCUGGGAGACUGUCAUGUUAUUGAGGAUAAAGGAAAAGAUGACUCCUCAGUGGAAGCAAAGUUGAUGUUAGGACAGUUAGUGCUUGAGGAUACAUUUUAUAUCUAUUUAAUUCUAGUAUUUGCUAAUCUGGUUUUAUUACAUUUGAAUUGCUGAAAAUAGUGACUAAAUGAGCAGAGGAGGUGAUUGCAUUUUCAGUACUGAUUAAAUUAUUUUACCAGGUUUACCUAGGAAUGUUGUCACUGUUCCUGUUGAAAAGUGGGACUUUAUAUUCAAUAAUUUUUUUGGAAUAUGUUAAUCUUAUCUGACUUUCCCCCAUUUUUGCCUUUACCACCUCAGUUUUGCAUGCAAUUCCUUCAGAAAAAUACUAAUGCUAUGUUGCUUUAGCUAUUCCUUGGCAAGCCUGUUGCUUAGCAACUGCCAAAAUAACAAAGGGGGCCAUAUCUAGCCAUUUUCCUGGAGCAGCUUCUCAUUUCUUCCUAUUUCUUUUGCCACCACAGUUAAACAUUCACUUCAUUCUUCACAUGGAGGUAAAACUCUGAAGCUGCGUACUUGUAUCUGACAUGUGCUUUGUUCUCUCUCCACCACAUGCAACUCCCCAUUUGUGCAUGGGUUGCGUUGUGGGUCAUUGCACAUGUCAGCUGUCAUGCAUAAGCCUCUUCCACACACACCCCACCCCCUUCCGGGGCCAAAUAUGGCACACGUUUCUGUGGUUGUGCACCAAUCAGACACACGCAAAAUGGAUACCGCCUGUAUUAUUAUUCUCAUAAAUCAAAUACUCGUGACCAGACACUCUGGGUUGCAUUUCAGUUUGCCAGGUAGAAUGAUUCAUCCUCUCCUCCCUCUGCAUGCUAUUCUGAGGUUCUCCCAACCUCCCCAGAACCAGUUUUGGGGGUGCAUGAGGGAGAGGGGGGAAAGUCCCGUAGCAUAAAUGGAAGUCCUUGUACUGCUGACUGGGCUCCUUGAGUGAAUCCUGCCCACAGUCACACAAUAGCAUACUUUCAACCUGUUCCCCAAGUACUUUGGCUGCUUCAGUUUCACACUGAUCUGGUUUGCAUAUCUCAGUAAGCCAUAGUCUAAAGCAAAGUAUGGCUUAAUGUGAAUGAGCAACAUUACAUGCAUGCUGCUCAAAUUGUGCCUGACCUGCUGUACCAUUUGGUGAGGUGAAAGGAAACAAACCACAGCUCAUUAUAGUCAUACCUCAGGUUGAGUACGCUGCGGGUUGCGUACUUUUGGGUUGUGUACUCGGCAGACCCGGAAGUGUUUACUUCUGGGUUCCGCCAUGCGCGCAUGCGCAGAAGUGUCCUGUGCACUUCGCGCAUGCGCAGAAGCGCUCUAUCAGCGCUUCGGCAUGCGCUAAGGCGUCGCUCGGGUUAAGUACUUUUCGGGGUGCGAACGGCACCCCAGAACAGAUUGGGUACUUAACCCGAGGUACCACUGUCCAUAUGAACCAGUCUUUGUGGUUUGCUUCUUUCCAGCCUCUUGGUGUUUGCCUUCUAGGAAGGAGGCAGAUCUCUCUAUUGCAACUCAGGGCUAGGAGCCACCAGGCAAGAUACCUGCUUCUGCUAGCCCAGUGGCAUUUCUGGCUUCCCCCACCCUCUGUGUCUUAAAUGGGGAAUUAACCAUGUUGGUGUGUAAAGGAGAGGUUUGGAAAAGAGGAUCCUUGCAAUUUUUACUUUGGUGGACUAAAACUCCCAUUGCAUCUCAUGGCUUAAAUACAGAGCUUGCGGAAUAAAGUGUGUGUGUGUUUGUGUGUUUCUGUUUAAACAAGAGCCUGGAAAACGUAAUCUUCACUGUGCCAAUGUCCCCAAUUCUGCUGCACAGUUGAUCUUGUGUGUUGAUGUUAAUGUUAUGUGUUGCUACAAACUCUUAAACGGCUUUUCUUUGUUUCUGUACAAGCAAAAAUGUUUUGUGGCAUGUUAAGGAGUAACAAAUUGUAUAAUGGGUAAGCAUUGGUGAGAUGCAUACAGCAUGGAGUGUCAAAUGCAUCAUUAACAUUGGCUGUUGUCAAGAGCAGUUCACAACAAGCCUAGAAACACCUACAGUACUUUAGCUUUGGUUUCUAUCUUAAUUUCUAACAAAUGAUAUAGUUGCUCAUUUGUUGGACUUGUGUUCUUUAUUUGAAUGACAUUCUCUCAGGGACUGCAGUCAAUACUUAAAGUGUCAUACUUAAUGACAUCAUUGGGACUCCCCUGCAACAUCACUGGGGGCUGCCCCCAGGGUCUCAGUUUGGGGCAGUGUUCAUGACCUGGCAAUCCUACCUCAGACCAAACUUUUCCUGAACAUAUAGGCUUUUUUAAAAAAAGUAAGGCAAUUCUGCACUAGCUGGAUCAGUGGUCUGAUCUAGCAGGGCCCUCUUCUCUAGUUUUACCUCAACACAAAAUGCCUUGUUAACAGUGAGUUAAAAUCUUACAGUCUAGUGUAGAGUGUGUGCAUAUGUGUGCAUGAAAAUUUAUAACUAGUGUUUCAGUUUAGAACCAUAAAUGCGAUCUAGAAUAAAGGGUGUAAAACCACUUCCGUCAUUACUUCUGCUGUAGCAUCAUUGUGAAAUGUUAAUGCUGUACUGUCUUAAUAUUCGGUUGGAAGCCGCCCAGAGUGGCUGGGGAAACCCAGCCAGAUGGGCGGGGUAUAAAUAAUAAAUAAUAAUAAUAAUAAAGCAGUAGCCGUUGGAUUAGUCACUGUGGUCUCAGUAAACUAUUCUGCAGAAAUGGUUUGAAAUUUCUUAAAGGAUCUCUGCAGAUGGGAAUGUCUGCACCUGGAAUCAAAUGUGGCUUUCCUGGAAAAUAGACAGACUAUUUACAAAGAAUAAGUCCUCUAUUUCCAGUUUGUUAAAAUGUUGCACGAGAGAAUUUCAGAGACUACCUUCCAAGUAUGCUUGGAGGUUUCUCCUUCCCUUCCCUGCCAAGCAACUCAUUAAGAGUAGAGGGAAGCAGAGAGUGGAGUGACUCCUGUCUCCUGAUCUGUCUCCUAGGAAGCCAUUGUAGCAAGCUAAAAGAAAGGAGCUAGUGGGUGCAUUUUUGUUAAUUAAGUAUAGUAGAGGAAAUGAAUGUUGUGGCUAUUGUCAUUUCUUAAGAAUAGAAAGGGACAUACUAUGAUGCUUGAAAAGUGGUUUACAAAAAGAAGACAAAUUUUAAAUGAAAAUAUACAAUACUUUAAACCAUACAAGAAGUUAAAAUACUAAAAACAGAUUAAAAUUCACACCACAAGAAUGCUUUUAGCAAGCGUUGAAAAGAAUACAGUACAGUGAAUACAUCUGCUAGAUAUCCAUAGGCAGGCAGUUCCAAAAUGUAGGUGCUGCCACAUUAAAAGGAUAGGGUGGAAUAUACAAAAAUCUGACUCCCAAUAUUUUUGCCGUCAAAUGAUUAACUUAAAAGAUACCUGAAUACUAUUGACAUGUUUUUAAGGGUUGCUUUUUUGGGUGGAGAUCUUGCAUUCUUCACCUCCUCCUUUGAUCCCGCUGCAGAAUUUGAAGAAAGGAGUGUAUAUAGUUGUAAUGGAUGUGAUGGAUGUUGUAAUUUCAUCCCUUCCUGGAAGGGAACAUGGGAUCAACAGCAGUCUUUGUCCACCCGCCAUGUGCCACACACAUUAUCAUACUCCCAAGCUGAGUCAUUGUGAUGGUGAAACUACAAAGGCAGGCAGCUUUCACUUCUAGAAAGCAUUUUCUACCAGGAAGUUGAAGCAAAGAUGAAGGGAGAAAUGCUUCCCUGGACCUAGUACUGUAGCAUGCUUAGGAAAACAGAGUGCAAGUUUUAGAAGCUCAGGUAGGAAUUAGGUUCACUGGAAUCCAAAAAGAAUUGUUUGUUUACUGCUUAGAUCUGAACUACUACCCUGGGAAAACAAGUAAGAUUAACCUAGCUUCAGUAUCACAGAACUACAUUGUUACAAGUUUCAAACAGGAUGCAUAGGUUUCUCAUUGCACUUCGUGGGUUAAACGUGACCAGUAGCUCUUAAGGAUUUCUUAAGAGGAUUUCUUUGCAUUUUGCCUGCCUUAAGCCUAUUACCGGUCAAAUUCUGUGCUGUUUCCUAGCAAUAGCAAGUGGUUUUUACUCCUCCUUUAUUAAAACAGAAAUGUUUUUUUUAUCCACCAUGUUACAGCUUUGUCCCAGCUUCCCUGUGUAAUAGCAAACAACACCUGUUGCUCUUGAGAGGGACCCCUGAGGAAAACAGGAUGAAAAGACAAGCAGUUUUCUUUGGUUUUAUUCGGCAGGGGGGGGGGGAAUCAUGUGACAAAAUUGCAACAGUUUGGAUCAGGAAAUACCAUAUGACUUUUGUGGUGACCAAAAUAUACUCUCAUUCGUGAUAAAUGUCAGAUAUAUAUCUGUCCUUAAAGUUGGAAGAAAAUGCUAUAGAACAGGGCAAAACAUGCAGUAAGUAAGUCAGGAAUGGGUCCUUUGAUCUUUUCUCCUUUCUGUUCUUAAUGUAAGAAUAUUGCUUUUUGGUUAACAGCUUCUUGUUAUUUGGAGGGUAGGCAUGGAGUUUUACAUGAUUUUGCAUGUCUUGGCAAAACUAUAGUUGAACAUUCUCAAAUGUUUCAGAUUUUGGUGCAUUUUUUCCUUUUUUAUAAACACUGGUCUGAAAUUACAAAGUAGAAAGACACUGUAAGGAAGAUUUUCUUUCUGUGCUCUUCUGUUUCUGUGCUCUACUGUUUUGAUGAACAAAGGCAUACAUUUUCUUGUGAAUGAGGGCCAUGUAGAUGAGAUUUUAUCCUUUUGAGGUAUGAUCUUACUCUCUGACUAACAGUGAAAACUUGUCGCUGUGAUCUUACAGGUAUAUAAGAUUGUUUCAAUGCAGCAAUAUAAAAGGCUGAUGAGGCCCUGUAUUUCUGUUUUAUGUCAGAAUAAUUCAAAAAGAAACAAAAGCAGACCCUACACCAGACCAAACCUGCCAAAGAAAAAACACCAUUUCCUCAGGUAUCUGAUAAGAGAUUCUGAAAAAUCCCAAGAGUGGCAGAAUACUGUUCACUCCUUCUGUGGGAAUCUGUGGGAUAAGCAUAAAGCAAAUCGUCUUGUGAAAUCUGUCCUCCUCCACUAAAAAGAAUCUUUUUACUGUGGUGAAAUAUUCCAUUUAAAGAACAAGAAGUUGUGGGGAAGCACAAGAGAGAACUCUGUUAUGAACUGAAGUUUUUUGAUUUAACCCUGCUUCUUUUGGAUUUUAAUUACUGGGAAAAAAGACUUUCCUUAGCGAAUGACUGUUUUAUUAUCUGAGCAUAUGAACAGGUGUUACAACUAUGCAUUUCCUGCAAAGAUAAGGAAGAUUCCCAGAGGAACGCAACAUACAGGAGCUUGGGCUGCCUGCUGUGUUUCUUUGCUUUUUUGUUCCUUCUCUGACACUCCACCCACUUAGUCUCUUCAAGUGGGUGUGGACAAUCGACACACAGCUGAGCUAAUUCUUUGUCGUUGGAUACUGAACCUGUUGCUGGCACUGCUAACAGAGUGUGCUGACAAAAUGAUGGAAGAAAUUUCUAUUGUGGUGGCCUACGACUCCCAUGUUUUUAGCAAGCUAUAUGAUGAAGACUUUAUGGCCAGCCUGGUUGCAGUCAGCAAACCCAAAUAUGUGGUGCCCACAAAGAAGCUGAAGAAAUAUGAGAGGGAGUAUCAAAUGAUGCGAGAGAAUCAGCUGCAGCAGGAAGACCCUCUGGACAGAUACAAGAGGGAGAACCGCAGGCUUCAGGAAGCCAGCAUGCGGCUUGAGCAAGAGAACGAUGACCUUGCCCAUGAACUUGUAACAAGCAAAAUUGCUCUACGGAAUGACUUGGACCAGGCUGAAGACAAAGCAGAUGUUUUGAAUAAGGAGCUGCUUUUGACCAAACAAAAACUAGUGGAGACUGAAGAGGAGAAGAGGAAACAGGAAGAAGAAACAGCCCAGUUAAAAGAGAUCUUCAGAAAACAGCUAGAGAAAGCAGAAUCUGAGAUAAAGAAGACAGCAGCCAUUAUUGCAGAGUAUAAACAGAUUUGUUCUCAGUUGAGUAGCAGGCUGGAGAAGCAGCAGGCAGCCAAUAAAGAGGAACUUGAAGUGGUAAAGGGCAAGGUGAUGGCUUGCAAACAUUGUAGUGAACUAUUCAGUAAAGAGGGGACAUUGAAAGUGCCUGCUGUACCGAGAGAGAGCCCAAGAGCAGACACGGAUGACGAGAAAGAUGCCCUUAAAAAGCAGCUGAGAGAGAUGGAGCUGGACCUGGCACAGACCAAACUACAACUUGUGGAAGCCAAAUGCAAAAUACAGGAGCUAGAACACCAGAGAGGAGCACUUAUGAGUGAAAUCCAAGCUGCCAAGAACUCUUGGUUUAGCAAAACCCUGAACUCUAUCAAAACAGCUACUGGCACACAGCCACUACAACAACAGGCUCAGGCUCAGGCUCAGCUGCCGUCGUCACCCAAAGAGGGCAGCACAUAGUUCCAGCUGGAUUCCAAGCACCAAGAGCACAAUGGACAAAGCAGCUUGAAACCCCUUGGAUAUUCACCCAAUAGCACCUGUUCAAAAGGGGAAGCAGGAGACAGGCAGGAGAGCCAGCCUGCAAACCAAUUCCUUCAGUGUCUUUUAUUUGUUCUGAUGUGGCCCUUUCCGAAGGGAAGUUAUUUAAAGAAUCCUGUUUUAUGUGGAAUACUCGUUCCCAGCUGCCUUGCCACAUCCUGGUACCUUCAUAUUUUACAUGUUAUUUUGUAUGCCUAGAAGUUCAACUCUGAGGAGCAAGUAAUUCAGAACUAUGUGUUCCAUAUGUUGCUAAAAAUAUUCAUAAUUAUUUAUAAGACAGUUUUUCCCCACUUUAGGAGGAGAGAGAGAGGGCAGGGUAAAAUAAUGAAGAAAAAGCACAUUUAUUAUAAUGCCAGAGCGUUUUCUGGUAGAUCAGUUCAAAGGUUUACAGCUAUUGUUGCACCCUGCCAAGAUGCACCUGUUGUUUUAAGGCUUGAGUCUCAGGCCACAUCUAUAACAAGUGGAACAACAGUAAUUUUAAUUUUUGUGUGUGUAAAGCUACUAAAUGAGAACAUGCAUAAAACCACAUCUACUUUAAUGCUGCCUUUAAGCAUUCCGUAACUUAUGCCGUAUAUUGCAAAUAAGGGAAAUAGCUCUUUCCCACACCUCUGUUCUCUUUUGCCAAUCAGCAGACUUGGGGCACAAUCUCACAAAAGCUCUUUGGAGGACUCACCUUCAAAUUGAAUCAAAGCUAGCAGAACUUCCUAGUGGAUUGCACCCUUUGCUCUUUUGCACAGGGCUUGUGUAGGAGACAUUCCUGGUCCUGGUAAAAUGUGUCCAAAAUGCUUUGAUGGAAGGUGACCUUCACCUUUGACUGGCAGAACAAAUUUUUCAGAAGAUUCCUGUGUCUGUCUGGAAAUCAUACUUGUUUUAUAUCUUUCUAAAGUGCAAAAAAACAUUUGUUACAUUUUUGAAUUUAACAUAAAAUGUUUAUAGAAAUGCUUAUUUCAUGGAGAAUUAUACUAUUGCUUAAAUUGAUGGAAAUAUUUUUUUUAUUAUGUGUAAUGUGUAUAAUAAUGUCUCACAGGUCAACAUCACUACUGGAUAAGAAGUUGGUUAUGUACUUGGUUUCCAUGUUAUGAAAAGUGUUCCUGGGACAUUGUUCUGUGCUGAUUUUAAUCCAAAUUAACGCAAUAGCCUAUCAGUCAGUUCUCUACAAUAAAGUUUAAUGAUGCUCA